GCUAAGGUUACCUUGGAAUGUUGAGGGCUCCCUGGGGCAGGACUAUAUAACCCCAGAGGGACUGCCCCAGGCUGACUCUGCUCCUUUCCAGCCAGAGCCACUGCCUUGCCCCCAGGAGACCGAAGACAUGGCACCCAAGAAGGCCAGGAGAAGGGCGGCAGCAGAGGGCGGAAGCUCCAAUGUCUUCUCCAUGUUCGACCAGACUCAGAUCCAAGAGUUCAAGGAGGCCUUCACGGUAAUCGACCAGAACCGUGAUGGCAUUAUCGACAAGGAAGAUCUGCGGGACACCUUCGCAGCCAUGGGGCGCCUCAAUGUGAAGAAUGAGGAGCUAGAUGCCAUGAUGAAGGAAGCCAGUGGUCCCAUCAACUUCACCGUCUUCCUGACCAUGUUUGGAGAGAAGCUUAAAGGUGCUGAUCCUGAGGACGUGAUCACUGGAGCCUUCAAGGUCCUGGAUCAUGAGGGGAAAGGCACCAUCAAGAAGAAGUUCCUGGAGGAGCUGCUUACCACGCAGUGCGACCGCUUCUCCCAGGAAGAGAUCAGGAACAUGUGGGCAGCGUUCCCCCCCGACGUGGGAGGCAACGUAGACUACAAGAACAUCUGCUACGUCAUCACGCAUGGCGACGCCAAGGACCAGGAGUAGGGGACCCUCUUAGGCCUCUGCUGGCCAAUGCCUCCUGCCAGUCCGACCCCCCACCCCGACUCCUAAUAAAACUCAACUGGUCUUUGUUUCUUA